AGUUGUGAAUUCUCUCACAAAUAUUACAUUAUAAUAUCAACAACAUAUAGUUUAUAUGUUAUAGGAAUGCAUCUAAUUCCCUGAUAUUAUUUAAUAUUUAUAAAGAAUCAAAGAUUCAAAAAUUUUACCUACGAUGAGGGGUGCUGUGUUAGUCGCCAUUGCAGCAGCCAUCGGAAACUUGCUGCAAGGAUGGGAUAACGCUACUAUUGCAGGUGCCGUACUUUACAUCAAAAGGGAGUUCGAUUUGCAGAGCCAGCCGAAAAUAGAAGGCCUCAUCGUCGCCAUGUCACUAAUCGGGGCAACGGUCAUCACAACAUUCUCCGGGCCCGUUUCCGAUUGGCUAGGGCGCCGCCCCAUGCUAAUAGCAUCUUCCAUCCUAUACUUCUUGAGCGGUUUAGUAAUGCUGUGGGCCCCAAAUGUCGAAAUACUCCUUUUGGCACGGCUACUCGAUGGGUUCGGCAUUGGCCUCGCUGUCACCCUCGUGCCCGUUUAUAUAUCCGAGACGGCCCCGCCGGAAAUACGAGGGCUGCUGAAUACACUACCGCAGUUCACGGGGUCGGUGGGGAUGUUCUUGUCGUACUGCAUGGUGUUUGGAAUGUCCUUGAUGGAUUCGCCUAGCUGGCGAUUGAUGCUCGGCGUUCUAUCAGCUCCGUCGAUAGUGUACUUUGUGCUUGCGGUGCUUUUCUUGCCCGAGUCGCCUAGGUGGCUUGUCAGUAAAGGAAAGAUGAGAGAGGCUAAAAAAGUUCUUCAAAUGUUGCGUGGAACCGAAGAUGUAUCGGGUGAACUGGCAUUGCUAGUGGAAGGUCUAGGUAUCGGGGGAGAAACGUCGAUUGAGGAGUAUAUAAUCUCUCAAGACAACAACGAUAGGCAAGACCACGCGGUAGUAGACAAAGACCAAAUAAAACUAUACGGAGCGGAAGAGGGCCAAUCGUGGAUCGCAAAGCCCGUUACGGGGCAGCAGAGCACCCUCGGCAUGGUGUCCCGUUACGGGAGCAUGGCGGCGGCAGCAAGCCAGAGCAUGAUCCCCACAAUGGACCCAAUGGUGACGCUCUUCGGAAGCGUCCACGAGAAGGUACCGGAAAUGGGGAGCAUGCUCUUCUCCAACUUCGGGAGCAUGUUGAUCAACACCAAAACCGACGGUGACGAUGAAGUAGGGCACGAAUGGGACGAGGAGAAUCCCCACCACAAGGAUAUAAUAGGUGAAGAUGGCGAUGGUUCGGAAGGUUCCGGAAGAGAGGAUGAGUUGGAGGAGAAUUUGAGGAGCCCGUUGCUUUCGAGGCAGGAUACGAACGGGGAGCAGGUUGGGGGUGGGGUAGGGAUAGGGGGUGGGUGGCAGCUGGCGUAUAGGAAGGACGAGAAGAGUUCGGGGGGUUUGAAGAGGAUAUUCUUGCACCAAGAGGGGGGUGGGGUUGGGGGUAUGGUGGGGGCAGGGUCGAGGAGGGGGUCGGUUUUGUCGCUCGGUGGGGGUGAGGGGGAACCGGUUCAUGCAGCGGCUUUGGUUAGCCGAUCGGUUCUUCAUUUGGAUAGGGUUUCGGGUCAUGGUUCGAUUGGCGAAGCGAUUGAUAAGCAAGUUGAAGGUAGUGGUGGUGGUGCUGCUGCUGCUGCUAAAGGGGGAGCGGGGUGGAGGGAUCUUUUCGAGCCGGGGGUCAAACAUGCACUUGUCGUUGGUGUUGGAUUGCAAAUUCUUCAACAGUUUUCUGGAAUAAACGGGGUCCUAUACUACACUCCUCAAAUUUUAGAACAAGCCGGUGUGAGCGUUCUCCUCUCGAAUUUGGGGCUCGGUUCAGAAUCUGCAUCACUUCUCAUAAGCGGUCUCACAACGUUGUUGAUGCUUCCGAGUAUCGGUGUUGCAAUGAGACUCAUGGAUAUUGCAGGCAGAAGGUGGCUGCUUCUGUCAACUUUACCAGUUCUGCUGACAACACUAAUCUUGCUAGUACUCGGAAACGUCAUUCACCUGGGGACUGUGACGCACGCUGUGAUCUCAACGGGUAGCGUUAUCGUUUACUUCUGCACCUUUGUGAUGGGAUUCGGGCCGGUACCCAACAUUCUAUGCGCGGAGAUAUUCCCAACUCGCGUUCGUGGAAUCUGUAUUGCCAUUUGUGCCCUCACGUUUUGGAUUGGAGAUAUCAUCGUCACGUACUCGCUCCCCGUGCUGCUCAACUCGAUAGGCCUCGGGGGCGUUUUCGGUAUUUACGCUGCUGUCUGCACCGUUGCUUGGUUCUUCGUCUACCUUAAAGUCCCGGAAACUAAGGGCAUGCCACUUGAAGUUAUUACAGAGUUCUUUGCUGUGGGUGCUAAACAAUCUUUAGCUGCUGAAAAUAACUAAUUAGUUUAUUGCCUUCUACUUUUUUUUUUUUCCCCUUUGCUUAGUUUUAAGGUGGGUAGAAAGAACAUUUAUUGUAGCUUGAAAUAAAUUUAUCAAGUACGAUAAAAAUUAAAAAAAUAAAAAAUAAAAAAAGAAUUUCCCA